AUGUCAAUUCAAUUAUUCUUAUUGUUUGCUAAUAUAAUCUUAAUUCAUAGUUGGCAAACUAGUGAAAAUUAUGAUAACAAUCAUGAUGAAUUCUCCAUAAAAGCAAAAUAUCCAACUAUAAUGAAAGAUAUUGAAAAUGAAUGUGAAAAAUGUGAUCGUAAAAAAUGUCCACCUAUAAUACAAUGUAAUGUUGGCACAGUACGUGAUAAAUGUGGUUGUUGUGAUAUUUGUGCAUUAGAAGAAGCUCAAUUAUGCAAUAUACCGGAAGAUUUUAAAAAUGGCAUUUUGAAACCAAAAAUUCCAUGGCAUGGAAUAUGUGGCACCGAUUUAGAAUGUCGUCCACGUACAGAUAUUGACUCAAAGAUAAUUGGAUCACAAAGUAUAUGUUAUUGUGUUAAACAAGGCAAAGUAUGCGGUUCCGAUGGUGUGACUUAUUCAAAGUGUACCAUGAAUGCAACUAUCAUUGCAUCGAAUGGUCGAAUUACUGCAUUGAAUGAAGGACCUUGUCAUACUGUGCCUUCGGUUAAAUUAACUGCAUUAAAUCAAACUGUGAUUGAAGGUACAAAUGUCACGUUGAUUUGUGAAGCACGUGGUUAUCCAAUUCCAACGAUUACUUGGUAUUUUAAUAAACCGAAUCAAAAACAAGACAAAACUCAAAUGCCAGGUAAUUACAAAGAUGUAACUGUUAGUGUUCGUGGAGGAACUGAAGAAACACACACUAUAUCUUAUUUGCAAAUAACAAGUUUCACCCUGGAAUAUGAAGGUGAAUAUGUGUGUAUGGCUGAUAAUAUUGUCGGCAUCAAAGCUCAAGGUACAUCGCUGGUUCGGAAUGGAGCUUCAUCCUCUUUACUUUCCUCAUCUGACACAAAUCUAAGCGAUUAUGAAGUCAGGCAUUAA